CUAUCAACCAAUUACCCAUCUUCAGUGGGGUUUUUAGAAACAAAAGGGUAUUGUAAUUUUAUUUCUAGUGCUUAGAUGUAAUGUUCUCCUAGGUGCGACCAGGACCACGACCAGUUUACGCAGUUGGAAUUUUCUUCAUUGCGCGAGGAGACUUCUUCAUUACUUUGUUCAUUGAUUGUUCUUUUAAUAGAUUGUACGAACUACAUAAAAUGGGCAACGAAGAGGACGUCGCUCGCGACCUGCAGAAUCGCGUCGCCUUGUCUGGCGAGGGUUCCGCAGCUUCUCAAGCUAAAUUUCUGUCGAAGUUUAUGCGAGAACAGACGACCGGCACAGAGGCGGAUGAUAACGACUGGGACGAUUCGUUCAUAGCUAGUGUGACCGAAACUGGCAGGGAACGAGUUCGGGAUCACCUAGCUUGCCAGAUCAAAAAAGUCCUGACGAAUGACGACGCCUACACACCUACGGUGGAGGAGUUAAGGGAAGUGAAAAAUUCAAUGGUGCAAAUGCGGGAGACGAAGAGCGCGAAAGAAUCGUUGGUCAUUGAGCAUUUGAAGUUGCUGAAUAGCUGGAACGUGGAAGAGCACUUGUUGAAAGCGACUUUGAUAGGCAAAGAGAUCAACAACGAAUUCUGGAAGGGAGCAAACGCACCAGCCAAAAUACAGAAGAUGAGCAAGAGUUUGGUACUUAUUGAUAAGACCGAGUACGAUUCAGUUAUAAUUUAAGUUGAAUUCUUGCAUGCGUUAUUUAUUUUUAGAUUACUUAGGCAAAGUCGCGACUUCCUGAACUAUGGUGAUAUGUUCGUUCCCAUGACAAACAGGUUCAAAAGUGGCUCCGUGAGCAUCGCAGCAUUCCAAUAAGCGAGAUCAACGACCGCCGCAUUGACAUCAGUGCAGCCAGUUUAGAGCAAAACAUUUUCAACUUCGUCCACGAAAAAUCAGGCGUGAAAAAAAUUGCUUACACCACUGAUUACGUCGCCAAGUAUCGUUCGUUAACUCUGCGAGUGAGGAAGUACUUCACGUAUCCCCAGAGGCUAGGCAGACAGCGACUACGAGAAUUGUUUGACGGUGAAAAAACGGAGGCGGAGCUAGUCAAAACGAUUCAUAGUUGGCCAGAUUCUUACUUCAACGCGAAAAAUGAGUUUGUAGGACCCGGAAAAGUAGCGGCUCCGAUGAUCGGCAGUAACGCGCCAAUGGCACAACUACCAGGGUCAGCGCGACUGCAAUUAACUAAUGGAGGUGGCUUUUUGGGACGCACAAAUUCUUCAAGUAUGAUGACGAGAACUAACUCUAAGAACGCAGGAGGUGGCACUAUGAGUCGUAACUCAAGUUUAGCGAUAACGCAAAGUGCUCAUCACGACAGCGGAGCAGCAACUGAAGUGACUAGCGGGAGAGCUAUCCCUGAGAUAGGUGGUAGCAUCUUUAGAACUGGUUCAGCGGCAAGUACUAGUGAUGGCUAUUUGAGAGGUGCGCCGGGAGGUGGAGCAGCCCCCACUAGUGCGAGAGGGACUGCAGGAACGACGUCAUUUAGAGGUGGUACUGGCAGUUCUAGUGGAAGUGCAAGCUCAUCUUUAGAAAAAAAUGCUUCGUCCAGCAAUGCGGUAGAAGGAGGGAUUCUGUUUCAGUCUUUAGCAGCAGCAGUGGUAAAGAAGGGCACGUCAACAGGAUGUGAGAGGAGUAGCAAAACUUUAGAUUUAACCAGCCUGAAGCAUCGCGGUCUGCUCCUUCAAGCAGCGGGAGCAGGCUGUGAUAGUCUAAAACGCGCAUUCGCAGGUGGUGGAGGAUCAAAAACAGCGGUGUCAGAGGCGAAGAGAAUAAAAGCAGAGGCGACCUUGAAUGAAUUGCUCGGAACGGCUUCGAGUACUGGUGCUUCCAGGUCUUUUGAUACUGGUGCGGGUGCUGGUGGGAUAAACAAAGAAGAGGGCGGGCGGGUCUCGGACUCGUAUUUAGACGAUAUUUUCGCAGAAGCAGCUAAAUAAAAGAGUUAAAAUGCUAAAUCUAAAGACCAGGUUAAAGUGCUUGUCGAGAUAAACUCCCCACUAAUAGAACGCCUCGCAGGGUUUGAUUUGAGUAGAACUUUUUAUCGUUUUUUAGAGGUGAGUACGGUAAGAGAUAAGUUUCAUUUUCUGUUCUUUUUCUCCUUGUGGGCUAGAGACUCCUCUGGCUCUGUCACAUAUAAAGAGUCAUAGGCCCGUGUUGAAUGGGUGUCUACUCGCUGUUUUUUCCGGACAAUCCAAAGCUUGAGGACAUCCGCACCCAUCCCUCGACCCUCAUCCCCUGUUGUACAGACCUCCUCGCGUUACACCCACAGGAGACCUAAAACUAAAGGCAGAGACGAUGCGAAUUCAAAAGUCUUUCAAAAUCGCAAAU